AUGGCUUUAAAUCAGUAUUUUGCUGAGGGUGUGAACCAAAUUGAUUCAUUGGAAGAUAAAUCAUCUCAGGAAAUAUGGAAAUGUUCUGGUGCUGAAGCGAUUUCAGGUUCGAGUGGCUUUGACUGCAACAUAUGUCUGGAGUGUGUGCAAGAUCCGGUGGUCACUCUUUGUGGCCAUCUCUACUGCUGGCCCUGCAUUUACAAAUGGCUUAACCAAGCUCAAGAGAAGCACAAGGAAAAGCCGCAAUGUCCAGUAUGCAAAUCAGAAAUUUCAAAAUCAUCACUUGUUCCGCUCUACGGUCGCGGCCAAACCUCACCGCCUUCCAAAGGCAAUGCUCAGCAAGUGAGUAGUGUCAUACCGCCGAGACCGCCUAGUCUUUCGUGGAUGACUAACUUACCAAGAUCACUCGAUGCUGCAACUGUUUCACAAAACACUUCUCAGGUUUAUCAUCCUCAUUAUCAUAAUCAUACUCAACGAGGCUCUUCACCAAUGCUUAACACUGGUGGUUCACUGACCAAUCCAUUGGAUACAAGUUAUGGUGUCUUUGGUGAGAUGAUAUAUGCGAGAAUCUUUGGAAACCAAGUGACAGACAUUUAUACAUACCCGGAUUCUUACAAUCUUUCGGGGAUCAGUAAUCCUAGGAUCAGAAGACAUUUGAGGCGAGCUGAUAAGUCACUUGGUAGAAUCUGUUUCUUCCUCCUUUGUUGCACAGUUUUGUUUCUUCUCUUAUUUUGA